AUGGGAGAUUUCGGUUGGAGCAUUCCCCCCAAAGCUCCAGCCGCCGAGGGCGCCUGGGCCAGCGAUUUGCGGGUCUCGCCGUGUGCGCUGGCGAUCUCGACCACUGCCAACGCCUGCCUCUCGCAGACCGACGUCUGGGGGGCGCCCGUCCCGCUCGGCGCCGCGGUCUUCGCGGUGGGCGUGAGCUUCUUGCUGGGGAUCCUGGCUCUCCAUGCGGUGCAGGCGACCAUCUGCACGUGCCUGGUGUCCGUGCGCGUGAUCCUGUGGGGGUUCACCAAUUCGGAGGUGAGGGCGCUCAAGCUCAAGCCGGGGGACGGGAUGUUCUUCGACUACGGCGAGGCGGGGGAACAUUGGCAUGAGAGGCUGAUUCUUGCGGCCCUGGGAGGGGUUCGGUACAUACUAUUGACGCCCGACGAGGGUAUGUACGAGGAGGAGAUCGACAUCCCGCGUGUGGUGGACUUCGAGCAGGCUGGGCCCAGGGGCGGCUUGCCAGCGGGCCUUGGAGCAGCGAAGGGCCAUCCGGUGUACCGCUUCACGGAGAAGCCGAAGGGCACGGCGCUCCAGGCCUGGUUCGACGCGGCGGAGGCCCAGGCCGCGGAGCUCCGCGACGAGCGGGGGCUGACCCGGGCGGGCGACGAGCCGGAACCUGCGGGCGAGCCGGCGCCGCCCUUGCCCGACCGCGCCGCGCCUCCUGGCGGCGAGCGCGAUGAUUGGUGCUGUGUGGUCGCCGAGUGCGACGCGAAGCUGGGCAAGGUCUACUCGUUGCCCGACUCGUUGGAGACGCCCUCCGAGGAUUUCGCGGCGCUCGGCAGGUACGGGCUCUACGACCUGGGCCGGCGCGGCAGCUCGGCGGUCAUGGUCAGGCUGGCGCCGGGCGAGACCGCGAGCGAGGCGCAGCGGGCUUUCGCGGCGGAGCAGGCGCCCGCCGCGCUUGUGGGGGGGGCCCUCACUCCGCCCGCGCCGCCGGAGGAUGCGCGCGCGCUGGCGAUCAGGCGCGACGCGGCCGGCCGCCGGUUUCGCGACUUUAAGAGCGUGGCGGAGGCGGCCGAUAAUAUUGAGUUCGAGGAUUGGGUGUUGUCCGGGCCCCGCGCCGCGCUGCACGUGGUCACGGAGAUUGCCAAGCAGAGCGGGGGCCCGGUCCAGCGCCGCGCGACUUGGAAGCAUGAGAACAAGCCGAACGACGAGGAGCACAGCGUGGUCGCCAACGAGAUGCUUUCGGACAUUUUAGAGCUGGCCUGCACUUACGACCAGAUGGACGUGUCGAGCCUUGCGAGCAUGGGGGCGCUGGCGAGGCACAUGCAGUUCAUUGAGCACAAGAUUGAGAAGGAGAAGGAGACGGUCAAGGAUUUCGAUCCCCGGGACUACUACCUCGGGCGCACGAGGAGGACGGGCGGCGCCAUCGUGAGUCCCGAGUUGCUGAAGUGGGUGGCGGAGUCUGCUGCGAGGGACUUGGACAUCUUGGAGGAGGAGCGCAAGGCGGCGGAGCGCGGGGCGCGCGGUCCUGGCCGCGACCGCUCCGCCCAGAGGAUAGGCCGCAGGUCUGCGGUUGGCCGCCGCGUGAACGACUGCAUCGCCGCCCUGAACAACCUGCGCGGGGAGGGCGACUUUUGCUCGAGGGCCCGGCCUUCGGAGGCACAGUUUUCCGCUGUUGACAUGCUCUGGCAGGUCGUGUCUGAGGACAAACCGCCGGGCGACGCCGCCAGCCCCGAGGCAGCCCUUGUGGAGUUGCUCGGCUCGGGCAGUUUGGGCUAUGGCCCCGACGGCCCCGCCGUGGUUGCGCCGUAUGAUCGCGGCCUGGUUUCGCGGCCUGAGUCGGCGGGCCGCGUGGGCUUGGAGCCGGACCGCCAGGGGGUGAUUGACGGUGAGAAUUCGCUGAUGCUUCGCGCUGAUGAGGCCCGCCCUGGCGCCUUCAAGGUGUGCUGGGAUAAGACCUUACAAUCCAACAGAGAUGAGUGCGUGCAGUUCGUGGAGGACCUGCUGGGCUGUGGCGUGGUGGAGCUGCGCACUCAUCUUGAUUUUGAAGUGGGAGUUUUCUUCGUCAGGAAGAAGUCGGGCCGGCUGAGGAUCAUAGUUGACGCUCGGGCCGUGAACCAGGCCCUGAGGCGUCCGCCAACGAUCCAUAUGGCGUCGACUGCGGCGGUUGUGGGCAUGGAGGUCGAGGGCGGCGCCCAGGUGGAAUUCUCGAUCCAGGACAUUGCGGACUGCUUCUAUCAGUUCAGGGUGCCAGACUAUAUGCUGGGCGUGAAGGAGGUGGGCGGCCAUGCGCUCGCAGACGGGGCGUGGGUUUACCCUUGCCUGAGGGUGCUUUCCAUGGGCUUCUCGUGGGCCACGAGGUGGGCGCAGCAGGCCCACCGGGAGCUGCUCCAUCGUGGAGGCCUCGGUGGCACCGAGGGCGAACUUGUCGACCGGCAGAUCGCGCCCAGCGUGGACUCGCUCCAGGUUCCUCGGAUCGUGUACGUGGACAACGAGAUCUGCGUUUCCUCGCGCGCUGGCGCCGCCAAAGGUGCGCGCGGGCAAGCUGCCGCGGUUGCGUCCGAGGUCGGCAUGCCGCUGCGCGAGGUCGAGGAGAGCGCGGCGAUCGUGGAGGCGCUGGGCCUGGAGCUGGGUGGCAUCAAGCUGCGGGCCCGGCUGGCGCGUGCGAAGCGCUGGCGGCUGGCAGUGAUCGGCCACUUCACGCACGCCAUGCUGCUGAACCGCCCGGCCCUCUGCGUCAUGCGCUCGGCCUACGACUUCGCGAGAAAGCGCUGCCGGGCGCCCGUGCCGUUCUGGCCGUCUGUGCGGCAGGAGCUCGCCGACGCGCUCCACCUGCUGCCGCUGCUCACCGUGCACUUCGACGUGCCGUCGCCCGAGCGG